CAUUUUGAUCAUGUUUGUCAUUGUCGAAUAGUCUCCGUCCACGUCAGCAGCAAGCCAACCUCUUCCAAGUUUCAACAGAAGCAGCAGAAAAACUUGGCAGUUUUAACUACGAACCUCAAAUGAGGCCGGCUUUUGUUGCUUUAAACUCUCCCACUCCCUCAAACACACAAGGCUAAGUCUUUGUGUCUCCGGCCUAUAUCAGAUUCUCUUUGUUAGUUUAUCAGUCUCAAUCACCAACUCGAUUACACACUUUAAUCAUAUUUUUUUCUUCCUAGGCUAGGACCAUAGGUUUCUGAGAUUUUCAAGUUUUUUCCAGCCUUGGAAAUUGGAAUUAAUGUUCCAUGAUGUCAAUCGUUCUCUAGAAUUCAAAGUUCAUUAUGGUGUUCUUUUGUGACUGCUGAGACUUUUAAUUGUGAGCUUUGUUAGGUUUGAAUCUUUUUAAUGCUUCUUUUGUUGCAGAUAAAACGUCAAAGUUUUCAUUAACUUUUUGUGAUUUCACUCCAAAGUACAAACGUGUGUUUAUGUGACAGUUUUUUGAAAUUCAGACUAUUGGGUUUCAGUCAUUGUUUUUGCUUUCUUCCAAGGUUUUCAGAAAUGGCUGUUGACCUCUACUCUGAAAGUUCUAACAUGGGUACUAGUCCUAGAAUUUCAUUUUCUCAUGAUUUUUGCCAAUCAGAUAAUAUAAUACCUGUUGAACAACACCCUCUCCGAUCAAACUCAACUGGUUUGAGUUCUGGUAUAGAUUUUGACUUCUGUGUUCGUGAGAGUUUCGAGCAAGAAUCUUCGUCUGCAGAUGAGCUUUUCUCUGAUGGGAAAAUUGUUCCUGCCGAAAUCAAGAAAAAGGUCACUCGCACAAAGCAAAUAGAUCAGUAUGUGUCUCAUCCACCGUUGCCACCGCCACGUAGUACGAGUGAUACUAGUACUACAAAGCAAGAGAGCUCCAAAGAAAGCAAGGGAUCGAGUAAUGAAGCCGAUGGGAAGCAAAGUUCUAAGUCCUUUUGGCGGUUCAAGCGAAGUAGCAGCUCUGGUAGUGGAUAUGGAAGGAGCUUAUGCCCUUUGCCACCACUUUUAUCAAGGAGCAAUUCAACCGGGUCUGUACCAAAUGCUAAGCGAGCCCCAUUAUCCAAUGAUGGUUCAAAUUCUAAGCAGAGUUCUCACAAACAUUCAUCAAUGAAAGCAUCACAAUCUUCAGCUUCAUCUAGUUACUUAAAGCCUCCAUUGAAGAAAGGUAGUCAUGGAUCUUAUGGAAAUGGUGUUCCGAUUAGUCCUGUUUUAAAUGUUCAUUCAGCGAAUCUAUUUGGAUUAGGAUCAAUGUUCUCGAGUGGCAAAGAUAAGAAUAAGAAAAAGUGAUUGACUUUUGCUGUAAUGAGAUAAUAAUUCAUGUCUAAUUUGCAAUUAUUGUGGAUUGAGUCUUUUUUUUACUAGAUGUUUCUUGAUAUUCCAUGUGAUUAAGAAGUUAUAAUAUGUUUGGAAAGUGGAAGAGUAAAGGGUUUGUUUGUAUCAAGAAGACAAAGAGAUAAAGAGGUGCUUGAAGGAAGGGACAAGGAAUGGCAUAAUUCAAAGGCACAUGCUUUGGACACAAGAUGACAGGUAACCGUUGCUUUCAUGGCUGUCCCAUGUUGUUCUUCUUUAUAUGCUUUUGGUCUUUGCUCACACAUGGUGCACAUAAUUUGAUUUUAGUUCUCUUAUCUCUUACUCUUUUACAGAAAGAGUAAAGAGACUAAGAGUAGGUUGGUUUAUUACUUUUUUUUUUGCUAAAUAGAUUAGGUAGUUGGUUGAUGGUUGUUGAUGUAUGUGAGUGAAGUUUGAAAUUUUCUUUGAAUUAUUGAUUGGGAGAGCUUAUGAAUUGCUUUUUCAUCUCUGUUGUACUUGUUUGAAAACUGAUCAAUGUAUUAAAGAUAAGGAACUUUUUCCUGACUGA